AGACAGGAGGUGAGGACAUCCUCCUCUAACACUGCCGACAGAGAGAGAGAGAGAAAAGAGGAGAGGAGAGACCGAGAGAGCGAAACCCCAUAAUGCACUGCACGCUGCAGGGUUGAAGUCGUGCAGAUUCAUCAGUUCCUGUUUGAGGGGUUGUGUGCGUGUGCGAGCCUGUGCGCACCCAUAUGGCCGGAGCGGGCGCAGAAGAAAACACACACACAGAGAGAGAGAGAGAACGAGAGAGAACCAAGCAGAGAGAAGUGCCUUCAUGUGCUGACCCUCCUGGCUGUCUGGCUCCUCUGAGGCCAUCUGUGCCUACCCAAGUUCGCCGGAUCCGCUGGGGCCACACCAAAAGCACCAGGGCUGCCAUGACUGCCAGCUCCAUCCGCUAAGGUCGUCUCUGUGCAAACGACACCUCCUCCCGCCCCCGGAUCCUGCUCUCUUCACCAUCCAUGCCACUCCAGCCUCCUCUGUGAAGGCCCAACUCCCUCUCCCCCACACCUUCUCAGCAGACAAAUAUUGAAGGCAAACAGCUUUUUUCGGCUCCUGUUAGCUGAAGAAAAUUGUUUCACUGCUGUUGUCUCCGCUGGCUCUCCUCUCCUCCAGCUGCUUUCCCCCAUCGUCUGCUGGCCCCUGCGUUCUGUCAUCAUGGGCCAAGCCUGAUCGAUACCGCGUUGUGCCGUUCAUCUCGUCUGACGGUUCAACUGACAAGUGAGCAAAUUGAGAGAACCGUGCAUGCGUGUGCGUUAAGAGAGAGGUUACAAGACAAAGCUGUAUGGUCAUCGGCGACACAAGCCCUGGUUGACAGGCUCUGAAGGACUCCUGUUUAAGCCACAAACAGAUUCCUGGGAUGGACCCCAAAUGUUAGGAGAGCCCCCAACAGGCUUCUUUCAGAUCACAACCUUGGAGCACAACCUCUGAAGCUGUGUUUUUUUUUUUUUGUUGUGUUUUGUUUUGGGGUUUUUUGUUUUCUGAUGUUCUCAACCUAUCCCUUCUCAACAUUUGCCCCGGUUUUACCAGAGAACAGCAAGCUUGCUGGACAGCUAGCUUCCCCUGAUCGACCCCUUCCUGUUUAAGUUUGAAAUGGCGGUGAAUGUGACACCGAUGCGGGACACCAAGUGGCUGACGCUGGAGGUGUGUCGGGAAUUUCAGAGAGGAACGUGUUCGCGGCCGGACAACGAGUGCAAGUUCGCCCACCCUGCCAAGAGCUGUCAAGUGGAAAACGGCAGAGUCAUUGCCUGUUUUGACUCACUCAAGGGACGCUGUUCUAGGGAGAACUGCAAGUACCUGCACCCUCCUCCCCACCUAAAGACACAGCUGGAGAUCAACGGAAGGAACAACCUAAUUCAGCAGAAAAACAUGGCCAUGUUGGCCCAACAGAUGCAGCUCGCCAACGCCAUGAUCCCCGGAGCACAGCUACAACCAGUGCCCAUGUUUUCAGUCACGCCCAGCCUUGCAGCGAACGCCAAUGCCGCAGCAGCAGCAGCCGCUGCAUUUAACCCCUACCUUGGCCCCGUGUCACCCGGCUUGAUGCCCGCUGACAUCUUGCCAAGCGCGCCCGUACUGGUCACCAGCAGCCCCAGCGUUCCAGUACCUGCUGCCGCCGCCGCCGCCGCCGCCGCUGCACAGAAGCUCAUGAGGACAGACAGACUGGAGGUUUGCCGGGAAUACCAGCGAGGUAACUGCAGUCGAGGGGAGAAUGACUGCCGCUUUGCCCAUCCGUCAGACAGCACUAUGAUUGACACAAAUGACAACACAGUCACUGUGUGCAUGGACUACAUAAAGGGCCGCUGCUCGAGGGAGAAGUGCAAGUACUUUCACCCCCCGGCUCACCUGCAGGCCAAAAUCAAAGCCGCCCAGCACCAAGUCAACCAGGCUGCGGCCGCCGCAGCCUUGACUCAGUCGGCUGUCAAAUCACUGAAGCGACCCCUCGACGCAACUUUUGACCUGGGGCUCCCUCCUGUCUUGCCUCCUUUGCCAAAGAGACCUGCACUUGAAAAAGCCAACGGUGCCAACACUAUGUUCAAUGCUGGCGUUUUCCAGUACCAACAGGCCCUGGCCAACAUGCAGUUUCAGCAGCAGGCUGCCUUCAUACCAUCAGGCUCGAUUUUGUGCAUGACACCUGCAACAAGUGUUGUACCCAUGAUGCACGGUGCUUCUCCAGCCACUGUGUCUGCAGCCACCACACCUGCCACAAGUGUUCCCUUUGCAACAGCCAACCAGAUUCCAAUAAUAUCUGCGGACCAUCUGACUAGUCACAAGUAUGUGACCCAGAUGUAGGAGUCUCUGUCAGAACAAUGGAACUGGAGAUGGAGCGUGCUGGUGUCAAAUCCAAGAUUAACGGUCAACCUUCAUACAAGUAACAGCGAGAGCCGAGGUUCCGGUUCGGAACACAACCUGCAUGUUAGCGUAGAAGGAACAACUUGCUAGAGAUGUUCUCAUGUGACGUUCAUGCACAGUUUCACACGACGACAGACAAAAACAAAAGAGCGAAGAAGAAGAAUUAGAAGAGCGUCAUUUGUAUUUCAAGACUUGCCUCUCGUUUUGCAGAGGUGACUAACCUUUAUUCACCAGACACAUUUUGAAUGUCAACACAAGGUUCAUGUGGGGGGAGCAGUCAUCGGGACUGAAUCGGUACGUCCGCUGACCAAGAAUCACGUCUUGCGUUGUCUUGUUUGUUUAUUGGUUUUUCGAAUGUCAAUAUGUUCACUUGUUUACACCAAGAUGUACCUUGUAUCUCAGUUAAGGUAAAGGAGCAGAUAAUCUGACUGAACCACAUAUGCAUGCACAAUAAUUUUUUUUCUUUUGUUUUUUUUGUUGUUGUUGUUGUUGUUCUUACCUGGUUCUGUUCUUCUAACAGUGAUGAGGGAAUUUGCCCGAGCAAGGAAGCAACUGAAUGUCUGUGAUGUGUCUUUCAAACCUUUGUAGCCUACCUUUUUAUCUCUUAAGCACACGUCUUUAACCUUACAGGAAUCCCUGUAAAGUGCCAUGCAUCUCAAAAUAUACAGGAAUUGUAUUCAAGCAGUGUUACAAAGUUUUAAACUCAACAAUUCCCUUUAAUUCAUAUGUGUCUGAUUUAGAGUUUUGCUUUUUUCAGGACACCAUGUUGUGUCCAACCACAUGACCUGUCAUUACCUGUAAUUCCCGUUAAGCACCGCUGAUUAUUGCACCCCGGAUAUUCUACUGAUUGAAACCUUUUUACUUUUUUUUUUUUUUUUUACUAUAUUCUUUCAUAUCUGUCAGCUGUUUAGAAAUGCGAUGGUUGAACCUGCAACCACAACGAUCUGUCUUUCUGCGCCAGCAUGUGCUUUGCAAAAGUAUUCAUACCACCUUUUUCACAUUUUUUCACUCUGCAACUACAAACUUAAAUGUAUCGCUUGUUCAUCUUGUGUGACAGACCAACACAAAGUAGCGCAUAAUUUCUUUUUUCACUAAUGAUUUACUUUGUGGCACCACUUUUUGCUGCGAGGAGAGCUGCAGUUGUUUUGUUGCACAUCUAAAGACUGAAACCUUUUGCCAAUUCUUAGCUAUAAAAUGGCACAGCUGUGAAAUAACCUCAUGUUCUCAGUUAGAUUUAGAUGUAAGGCGUUGCAACGCACGAAUUGAGUCGCUCUCCUGGUUUUCUGUGUUUACUUUCAUCCGUUUUCUCAUGACCUCCAAUCAGCCUUCCUGUUCCGCUAGCGAAAAGCCUCCCUCCCCCCCAAGUGCCGCCUACAUCACGUCUCAUCGUCAGGACGGUGUGUUCAGGGUUGUAUGAAGUGUCGGUGUUCUGCCACCGACACUUCAUACAACAUUUUGCAUGCAGGUGACUUUCUGAAAGCCACUGGAAAAUCUUGAGGUCAUCAAACGUUGGACUUCACACACACACGCCCAAUUUUUCUGCGCUACUUUGUGUUGGUCCAUGACAGAGCAAAUUUCAUUUAAGCACUCUGAAGUUUUGUGGUUGUCGUGUAGCAAAAUGUGAAAAAGUUCAGUUAAAUAGUAAUAGUAAUAAUACUUUUUCAAGGUAGCGCAAGUUGCAUUUAGGCCUGUAGAAUCUCUCUCUGGGAUAAAGACGAAAACAAUUAAAUAACUGCUGUGAGGCCAAACAGAAAUCUGUAAAGAAGAGUCUGCUGGUGUGAUGAUGUUUGUUUUCUUUAAAAAGAAAAAAAACAUAAUUUGUUUUUCUUAUACAUGGUUAUGCGUAUUCGAAGACAGGUCGUCGAAGAAAAGUCGGUGUAGUACGUGCGUGUAUAUAUAUAUGGUCUGACAUAUUUAAGAACAUUUGUUUGAUACCUGGGAACUGUCUUUCAGAUAGUCAGCCAAAGUCUUUUUGUGUCACUGUUGUAAUGAGUAGACUAGAGGGGCUGACUUCAUAAGGACGCCCAGCCCAAAGAAGGUUCGGGUGUUUAGAGUAGAUCUCUGGAACGGCUUUUUGUUUGUUUUGUUUUUCUCGUGGUUUGGGUGUUCUUCAGGCAUAGUUAAUUGACGGACAAGGACAGCUUAAAGGCGGCAAGAAAAUGGAACCUGAUUGUAUUACUCAUCCAAAGCCUUAGAAUGUACCAACGGGUCAGCACAAUGCAACACGCCAUUUUGAACCAUGCAGCUGCCUAAUCCAUGCCAUAAUGCAACACACACAGAACACUAUGUGGCUGUCAUGUUCGUGUUUUCCCAAACCCCUCCUUCCUUCUUAGACAAGGAGUGUUCAUUUUGUUUGGAAAGUACUUUGAUAUUAGUUGUUAUUUUUUAGUUUUGCGGAUGAUAUUUAUCUUUAUAAUAAUGAGUAUAUUAGGAGGGGUGUGUGUGUGCGUGUGUGGGGGCGUUUCUGCGUGUGUCCUCCCAUCCAGAGUUUUCCCCAAAAAUUCCACGUAAUGUCUUUUUUUUUUUUUUUGGUACAGUUGCGAUUGUAAGCUCAAUAUUUUCUACGUUAUGUAUAUUGUUGAAGUGUAUGCAUUUGUUUGUUCAUUUCUCUAGUCUUUUUUUGUGUUUGUUCUUUGAACAAAGAUGUUUUAUAUGAGUAUCUAACAGUGUUGACACAACAGAAACAAGAGGCUGAGUUGUCGCUGUGGCAACGUUCGUCAAUAACUGACUAAUAUUUUAACAAUUGUAAGGUUUGUACCUAGUCCUAUAAGCGUAAAAAACAAAAAAGAAGAAGAAGAAAAAAAGAUGUUAUCGAAAAGUCUAGUUCAUAGAUGUUAAGAGUAAAGAUGUUAUUUUCUAUCCAUUUCAAAUAUUAACUGUUUAAAUAUUUCUACUCUCCCUGGAAAUUGGGCCAUGUUGGAAAACAAGCUGCAUAUUUAAUCACUUUUACAGGCGUUGCCGGCGGGGUGAAGGUGAAGUUGGCGAGCGGCGGUCCGACGCGCUCGUCUCCAGCUUCGCCAACCGCAAACAACGGGGGGGGGAGGCAAGGAGGACAGGGUGAGGGGAAUAAAGAGAUAAUAAAGGUCGACUUUUUUGCACUUCUGUACAUAGUAAAAAAACAAAUGAAAAUAGAGAGUAUCGUGUAUAUUGAGAUCUUAUUUUGAAUAAAAAAGAAAAACGAUGACAGGGAAUUUUGCUAGGACAACAAAAAAAAAAAAACAACAAAAGAAAAAAAUGAUUCUUUUUGAAAGGCUGAACAAAAAUUGCUUGCAUUUAGAGGGCCCUGAGUUCUCACUCUCCUGCCUCUUUUCGGAAUGAUAAUAAUCAGGGUUUCCCCCAGUGUAUUAAAAGCCUGGCGGGCCACCAGGCUUUACUUGUGCCCCCACCAGGCUUAGCAUUGCUUAUCUAUUUAAGUUUUUAUAAAUGUUUGCAUUUUUUUAAGACUUUAUGUGUUAUUGGACGAUUGGAAGAUUAAUAUCUGAACACCAACUACAACUAUCAAGAGAUAUUUUCCGAUUUCCUGCAAACUUUAAACCUUUUUUAAACUCAAAAACAUGACGGGCGGCGGGAUGAAUGACUGCCAAGCGACCCAACCACCAGGCUUAGCAUGUUUUCUGGGGGAAACCUUGAUAAUUAUAAAAAAAUAAAAGGCCAAUUGUUGCUCCCUCUUUUUUGUCAGCAGCUUGUAGUUUGCCCGGUAAAACUUCUGGAAGGAGGCGUCCACGGCCAUCCUGCCACAUAAGAGCCUGACGGGGGUCAGGAGGGGGGUGAGGGGGUUCGUCUGGUUUCCCUUAACCUGUCUGUAUCGACGGUCCGCGCCAUGCCUGCCCCCCUCACCUCCCGCCCCCAGGCCCCACCUACCACAACAUGUUCUGUCUGUUUUACCUUUACUCAGAGUGGAUUGCAUGUCAACGGAAAUACAUAUAAUACAGUGACGGAGAAGAAAAAAAAGAUAAUAACCUUCACAACACACUAAUACUGAAUAAGAACUCAUUUACACAGAAAGAUGUAUUUACAGUAUACAAUAUCCUAUCAAUGUAAUGGAGUAAAAUAUAUAUAUAUAUAUAUAUAUAUAUAUAUAUAUAUAUAUAAUACAAAAACAUAGAGUAGUGGUUUUAUUUUUUAAAAAAAAGGGGGUUUCAGAGGCUAUACUCACUAACUUCACCACUUGGGGAGAUAAAAUACAUGCAACACAAACACCGUAGCUAUAAGAGUCAUUUUUGUUUCCGUUUGUGUCAGCUGUGCUUGUGGUCGAUGGAACGGAUUGAGCAGAAAUGUCAGGGCGACGUCAGAGUCCUAAAGAAACCGCCUUGUACGUACAUUUUAUUCCAAAUACCUUAUAAUUAUUGCAAAUGGAGUCCUUAUCGUUUCAAUGUGCGUGCUUCGUCCUUGGAUCAAAA